CGGGAGGCACUGGGGGGAGGGGGGGUAGCUGGCUAAUUUUUUUCCGUGGGGGCUCCAGCGCCUAUGUAUGUAGCAGUAACGCAAGGAACCUACAGGCCUGAAUCCUGGAAGACAUGAGCUUCAGCAAGUUAGCAUAAGGCUUGAGGCCUGUGAGCUUUGAAGAGCUAAACUUUGCGCAGAUAAACGGCCCAGUGGAAAACCCCAAGUAUUUGAGGAGCUGAAAAUAGAGUUUAAGGGGAAGUUCUGACCACAGGUACAUGACCCAACCACAGAAGUGUCAUGGCAACGAAUUGAUGUACAUAAAGGUACAUCCGCAGAUACCUAACCACUAAAAGGCCAUGGCAAUGAAUUGACGUAUCUGCUAAUAAGUUGAGAUCAUCGAUAUACUAACCCAUAGAAGAAAGACAGUCCAAAAUUAGAAAGGUAAGGAUAUACAAAUAAGGAAAAAGGGAAAUACCCCUCUGAAUAUGCAUCAAACAUAGUGUCGUCAGCGUAUCAUAUUAUAAAAGUUUCAUCCCAGCCUCGGGGCAGUAGGAGAAGGAGACGCAGUCCUUGGGUUGGCCACUGGAGAUGAUGGGGAAGUUGAUAGCCAUCAUCUUCCUCGUUACUAACAUUUCCAGGUGUUCUGCAAGGGAUGACGUGAGUAUGUGGAUGUGCAGAGGUACAUUCUGUAAUAUCUCUGCCUACCUGACUGAGUUGGGGUGUUUGUGACUGUGCUAAAUGUAUUCAUAAACUGAUAUUUGUAAAUAUAGAAGCAUUCCUAUAGCGUGAGUGUUGCAGCUGUGUGCAGCGGGGUUCACAGCUAUAUAAUAAUUUAAAUAAUACUGGGCCUGAUCUUGGGGCAAGAACCUGUCAACCCUCAAAGUGAUAACUGGGGAUUCUUAAGUAAUGAAUCUAUCUAUCUAUCUAGAAUAUAUCUACCUAUCUAUCUGUAGAUGAGGCUACAAGUCCUGAUCCUUUUUGGAUUGAUUUUCACUUCACAUGGCCAGGAGGAGACCCAGGUGAUCAUCCCCUGGGCUAAUCUCACCCCCCCUUGGACGUGCCCCCCCACCCCUGUACAGAUGGUGCUGCAGGGGGUCCACUGCUGACGCCGGGCGAUCCCCAGGGAGAUACGGCUGUGCCCUGGCUCAGAGAUGGGCCAUGGCUGCCCAGGUGGCUCCCCCAGCUGCUCUCAGGCUCCAGUUCCAGCCCCCGCCGGGAUGUGGCCUGGUUCCCAAAGAGGAAGUGGAGGAGCCGGAUGCCCACGGACCCAUCGACAUGGAGAUGCAUCGUCUGCACUUCAGGGGUUUCCGCUACCAGGAGGCUGAGGGGCCCCGGGAAGUGUACGGCCACCUCUGCCUCCUCUCCCGGGCGUGGCUGAGGCCGGAGCAGUGCUCCAAGGAGCAGAUGCUGGAGCUGCUGGUGCUGGAGCAGUUCCUGAGUAUCCUGCCCCAGGAGAUCCAGAGCUGGGUGGGGGGGUGUCACCCCCAGACCGGGGAGCAGGCCGUGGCCCUGGCGGAGGGUUUCCAGUUAGCCAAGCAAGAGCCCGGAAUAUGGCCGCAGCAGGAGGAGCUGGUGACAUGGAAGGAGGAGACUGGGUGUUCCUCUGAGGCAGAGCUGGAUCCAGGACAGGGCGAGAUCUGCAGGGAGGUUAAGGAGGAGAAUAAGGAGGAGACUCUCGUUUUGCUGGAAGGAUUCACCAUCCCCAACCUGGCCAUGGUCUCCCGGAUGGCGCGAGAAGAAGAGCCGAGGGUCCCGGAUCUCCAGGGCUCUGAGGAAAGGGAGACCCCGAGAGGCGCCCACACAGCAGGUGCCAGGACAGACGAGGGGAAUCCCCAGUGGGAAGGACCUGUGGGAGCGGAGUCACCUGGGGCGUCCCAGAGCCCCGAGCAGGGAGACGUCUGUGGGGCAGCAUGGCUGCAGAGAGACCCCCCAGGGGAGGAGAGACCUGCUGGGUGUGAUGAUCCCCAGCCUCAGGGAACCCACAUGGGACAGAAACCCCAUAAAUGCCCCGACUGCGGGAAGAGCUUCAGGUGGAACUCGGCGCUUCUCCAUCACCAGCGAUCCCACACGGGGGAAAAACCUCAUCAGUGCAGGGAAUGUGGACAAAGCUUUGGGCAGAAAUCCACCCUGACUAGGCAUCUGAGAAUCCACACUGGGGAGAGACCCUACACAUGUGCCCAGUGUGGGAAAAGCUUUAGCCAGAAGUACAGCCUGUCCCAGCAUCAGAUGACGCACCAGCAAGAGAGACCUCACACCUGUACCGCAUGUGGGCAAAGCUUCACUCUCAAAUCGUACCUUGUUCGACACUUGGUGAAACGCCACAUGGGACAGAAACCCUAUAAAUGCCUCCACUGUGGGAAGCAGUUUGCUUGGAGCUCAGACCUGAGGAAGCACCAGACGACCCACACGGGGGAGCGCCCCUACCGAUGCCCCCAGUGCGGGGUAGGGUUCUCCCAGAGGUUCAGCCUCCUAACGCAUCAGAGGACCCACGUGAAUGAGAGACCCUACAAAUGCCCCCACUGUGACAAGAGCUUCAACAGGAGAUCGGGGCUUGUCAAGCACCAGAAGAUCCACACGGGGGAAAGACCUCACGAGUGCACUGAAUGCGGGCAAGGCUUCGGGCAGAAAUCAAACCUGACUAGACACCUGAGGAUCCACGCUGGGGAGAGACCCUACCAAUGUACCAAAUGUGGGAAAAGCUUCACUCAGAAAUCGAACCUGGUUCAACACUUGACGAAACGCCACAUGGGAGAGAAACCUGACGCAGCAAAUGAGCCGGUGAUGUGGGAGGCGGAGGCUGCGUGUUCCUCCAGGGCAGAGCUGGCAGCGCUGGCCCCAGAGCAGGGCGAGAUCUGCAGGGAGGUGAAGGAGGAGAAUAAAGAAGAGCCUCUGAUCUCGCGGGGAUUCCCCGUCCCUGACCUGGCCAUGACCUCCUGGAUGGAGCGAGGGGAAGAGCCGAGGGUCCCGGAUCUCCAGGGCUCAGAGGAAAGGGAGACCCUGAGAGGCACCCGCACAGCAGGUGCCGCGACAGAGGAGGAGAAUCCCCAGCUGGAAGAGCCUGCAGGAGCAGAGCCGAAUGGAAUGUCCUGGAGCCCUGAGUGGGAAGACCCCGGUGGAGCAGGAUGGCAGCAGGGAGACCCCGUGGGGGCGGAGAGACCUGCUGAGCGUGAUGAUCAUAAUCCUCAGACAGCCUACAUGGGACAGAAGCCCCAUAAAUGCCCCGACUGCGGGAAAAGUUUCAGGGGGAACUCAGCUUUUCUCCAUCACCAGCGAUCCCACGUGGGGAAAAAACCUCAUCAGUGCAGGGAAUGUGGGCAAAGCUUUGUGCAGAAAUCAAACUUGACUAGACACCUGAAGGUUCACACUGGGGAGAGACCCUACACAUGUCCCCAGUGUGGGAAAAGCUUUAGUGAGAAGUGCAACCUUUCCCAGCAUCAGUUAAUGCACCGGCAAGAGAGACCUCACAAAUGUACCGAAUGUGGGCAAAGUUUUGUGCAGAAAUCAACCCUGACCAGACACCUGAAGGUCCACACUGGGGAGAGACCCUACACAUGUGCCCACUGUGGGAAAAGCUUUCGACAGAAGUACAGCCUUUCCCAGCAUCAGUUAAGACACCAGGAAGAGAGACCUCACAAAUGUAUGGCAUGUGGGCAAAGCUUCGCUCUCAAAUCAUACCUUGUUCAACACUUGAUGAAAUGCCACAUAGAAGAGAAAUCCUAUAAAUGCCCUGAUUGUGGAAAACUGUUUGCUCGGAGCUCGUACCUUAGGAAGCACCAAAUGACCCACAUGGGGGGGCGCCCCACAGACGUCUCCAGUGCGGGGUAGGGUUCACCCAGAGGUUCAAUCUCCUGGUGCAUCAGAGGACGCACACAGGUGAAAGACCUUACGAAUGCCUGGACUAUGGGAAGAACUUCAACUGGAGAUUGGGGCUUGUCCAGCACCAGAAGACCCACAUGGGGAAAAAACCUCAUGAGUGCACUGAAUGCGGGCAAGGCUUCGGGCAGAAAUCAAACCUGACUAAGCACGUGAAGAUUCACACUGGGUGAAGAUUCACACUGGGGAGAAGCCCUAUAAAUGUCCCCCGUGUAGGAAAAGCUUUCAUUAGAAGAUCACCCUUUCCCAGCAUCCAGUUACACACCGGCACCGGAGCCCUCACAAACGCAACAAGUGUUGGAAAAGCUUCACUGUCAAAUCAAACCUUGUUCAACACUUGGCCAAUUGCCAUAUGGAAGAGAAACCCGAUGCCAUAAAUGUAAGUUCAGAUGAAAUGCGAUCUAGCAUCGCAAUAGGGACUCCACACAAGAUAGAAAACAUUGGCGUGGUACUUCCUUUUCUUGGAGCAGGGCGGUUCUCCACUCAUAUAUAUUAAAAAUUACAAGGUUCAAAGUUCAUGGUUGGUAGUAGCAGCUUAUUUAUGGUGACAGGUGUGAGAUUUGGGAGGGGGAAGGAUCUGGUGAAGGAAGGAAGGAAGAGAUCUUUCACUGGGGCGAGAUGGUUAAUGGAAAUUUCAAGGUAAGAUGAUUAGGUGUUUAUCAGGGAUUGGCAGGAAUCAAAAGCAGAGAGAGCCUGGUUGUGUCCACACAGGGAUUUAUGGUGGUAUAAUUAUCCAGGUAUAUUUGCGCUGGUAAAAUUCCCCAUGUAGAUGAGUGCUUAGGGACAGAAGUUUAAAGGUAACAGGUGAGCAAUUUCAGGUUUAUAGAGAACAAAUAUGCCUUGAACGAUUAGUACCUAUUACUUCCUCCUGGUCCUCAAAAAUUAGCAAAGCUAUCUACCUCUGUUCAUCCCCAAAUAAGAUCCAUCUGGAUAAUAAGAAAAUGGUUCAUAUCAUGUGAGACACUUUGUCUAAGAGAGUGUUUCUCAAACUUAUUGUGUUGGAGAACCCUUUCACACAGCAAGCCUCUGAGUGCGACCCCCGUUAUAAAUUAAAACCACAUUUUUUAAAUUAAACUAUUUUCAAUGUUAAAUUUAUAACCGUAUUGUUUAAAAUGAAUUGACCUUUUCUCACCGCUUUAAAAUUAAAACACAUUUUCAUUGAAUCACUGUUCUACGCAGAAGAGUUAUUUUGAUUUGAUUAACACUGGGAGGGUGCUGCUGUGAAGUCUGCCCCAGCCAGUCUGCGGUGAAAAGUGAGAUUUGUACGUUUGUUCAUUUCACUUUUCACAGCCUCCCUGCUCUGAAGGCAGCGCCGCUGUCAGCAGCAGUGCAAUAGGGUCCUAAGUCUGCUGUGAAAAGUGAUAUUGACAAAGUUUCUUUGCGCCCCUCACCAGAGAAUCUCAGGCGCACCUCCCAGUUGGUGCACCAUUGGUCCAGCCCACCUCAGCCCGCCCACUGGGAAGAGGCUGGCACAGCCCCUGACUCGUGACCCCCAUGUAAUAACCUUGCAACCCUCAGUUUGAGAAUUCUUUGGUCUAAGACACUUGUCUCCACAUCAGCCAAGGUCUGGAGUUCCACUU